GGCCGUUGAGGCUCCCGGUGCUCCCAUCCCGUCGCCCCGAUCCCGGUCCCGCAGGAGCCACCGCCGCGGUCCGCGGCAGGACAUGGUCCCCGAGAUCGCCGCCGCCGUCGGCUUCGUCUCCGGUCUGCUGCGGACGCGGGGCUGCGUCAGCGAGCAGCAGCUCCAGGUCUUCAGUGGGGCGCUGCGGGAGGCGCUCGCAGAGCACUACAAACACCACUGGUUUCCUGAGAAACCCUUCAAAGGCUCUGGGUAUCGCUGCAUCCGCAUCAACCACAAAAUGGACCCCAUUAUCAGCAAGGCAGCUAGCCACAUAGGACUCAGUGUCUCACAACUCUACCAGCUCCUGCCCAGUGAGCUCACGCUCUGGGUGGACCCCUACGAGGUCUCGUACCGCAUCGGGGAGGACGGCUCCAUCUGUGUCUUGUACGAAGCGACUGCAACGAAACCAGGCAGCUCCUAUGGGGUGCUCACCUGCAAGAACCAGCUCAUGUUGGGUCGCACCAGUCCUUCCAAGAACUACAUCAUGACUGUCUCCAGCUAAAUACUCCUCUUGUCCAUACACUGCCAAGACACAGGCUACUGUAUACCUCACCUGAGGAUCUAUUUUUAAGAUGAAGAGCUAUUUAUAUUUUUUAAAAAAAUCCAAGAAAAUCCAUAAUUAAAAUAUUUGGCACCGCUUCGGGCUGGAGCGGUGUCUGUAGGUGCCUUUUCUAAAGCUGUUGCAAGCUGAUGAGUUUUUAUUCUGAAGCUGAUAUCUACCUAAUUAGUGUUGGAUGGUCAUUUGGGGCUGGUUUGGUCACUUGGGCAGCUUGGAAUGGAGGAUGAGGGGGAAGAGCCAGGCUGGGAAGUGUGGCUUGGUGGUGGCUGAUUCUGUGUCACCUUUUCACCGCCCCGGUACCCAACACUGGUGCUGUAUUGCAAUAGUGUUGGGGAAGGGAUGAAGGAGUUGCUGUCUUCCCUCUGCUAACUUCACCCCUCAGCUGGUCUGAUCUCUCUGGGGCCUGGAUAAAGUGCUUGUGGGAAGCUCACCUCAGGGCUGGGUGAUGCUGGGGACCCUGGAUCCCUCUCUUCUUGCCUUUGCACAUCUCUGGACCCACUUUGUGAGUAUUGCAGCUCUGCUCUGCCCCACUCCCAGCACGAAAUGAGGGGGACCGUGACCUGUCUCCAUCCCCUCUGUCUUUCCUAUCGGCUGCUGAAAGGGGCUGUGUGGGUAUCUGUGUCCUGUGAAGUGGAGCAAGGCAGAGAUGCUCUGGGGCUCAGGCCUCGCAGAGUUGGUCCCCAGGAUGAAUACUGCAGCACUGCCAGGUCCUGGUGCUCCCUGGUACCUGAGUCAUUGAGCAGCUGUGAAUUACAAAGCCUUUCUGCUAUGUGCAGCUUAGACAGCAGCCCAUGACCCACACUACUCCUGUGUGGCCUCCUGUGCUUGCUGAGUCACUUCUCCAGAAGAGCUGAAGCAACUCACCUUGUGCUGUGGAGGUUGGUGUGUGAGAACCCCCUUUUCCCUUAAUCAGAAGUACUUGGGGGGGUCUCUUCCUCCUCUCUGGGGCGGUUGGAUGCUUUGGUGUCCUAAUGCUGCUUUUAAAGUCACAGCACUUCCUUCUCCUCCUGUUCUGGGUGAUGUGGUGGCCCUGGGAGCUGUCUCUGCUGGCACCUUGGUAAGGGGCAUCACUUGGUUCUGAUCUCUUGGUACACAAGUUUUGCACAAUGAAUGCUCCUGUGCUCUGCCUAUUCAGGCAAACCUCCUCUUGUAGUCCUGGGGUGCUGGUAUUCAGGGAGACUCUGCCCCAGUGAUGGUCAGGAUUUGGCCCUUAAACCCACAAUGGGAUGGGAGCUGAAAGUGCUGCCCCAAGGAGGGGGAAUGAGCCUUUCCCAGGGUGUUGUAUAUCUGUUGCCUUUUCACUUACCAGCUCCUCCAGUGAUCCUGCAUUGAGGAAGCAGGACCUGGCCACGGUGGCUGGAAUGAGGCUUUCCCAGCCCUCUCUCUGAGCCCAUGGCUUUUAACCUCUGUCUUCUCUGCCCUGGCACUGACUGCUCUAACCAGAGUCAUUCUUGCCCAGCCUUGGAUGAAUCAAGUUCUCAGACAUUUGUGCAAUAUAUUUCCACAUCUUGGGUGCUCUGGGAGAGGAAGGAAGCCUCCAACCACCACAAUCAUUAGCUUGGGUUUUCAUAGGUAAGAAUAAUCCAGCACAAGUCCCCAUCUCUGAGCCCUAAAGCUUCUUGUAAGCUUCAAAUCCUGACUUCCAGACCUGGAAAAGCAGCCCUCUGAUGUCAAACAGGGGAGUUGUUUGUCCUUGGAACGGGAAUAGCAGACGGUGGCUCUGGGGUUGCAUCACUUCCCUCUGCAUCACUUGAAUUUCCCCCGUCAGCAAAGCUGAACUGAAGCACUUGGGGCUUUUCCCUUGGUGAACUUGUGCAAUAGGUGACCUCACUGAGAGGGCAGCACUUGGGAGCUUAUGGAAAACCAUCUCCCUUUCCAAGGCAAAGGGAUCCUGGUGCUUCUGGGACCGGCUCAUGUGGAAAGCCCAUGGUGAGAGCUGCAGGCAGUGUUUGCUUUGCAGGACCCCUUGCUGAGAUGGGGAUUUUCCUCAAGGCUGGUACUUCCUUGGGUUCUUGUUUCUCAUGUUCCUCCUUUUGACUCCUUUCCCUUCCUCUUCCCAGAAGAGCUCUUCAGGAGCAGCCCUCACCAAAGGAACACACCAGAAUUGCCCUUAACACACCCUCACUUCCACAGCUGAGAUACCCAAGGCUCCUUUUUGUCCCUGCUGGAGAGGAGUCUCAUGGUAAAGGUGUUGGAUUUUGGCUUCAAAACCCAAACUCGGGGUCUGCCCCAUUCCUCUCUUGUAGCUGGUUAAAGCUGUGAAUCGCUGUUCUCUUGCCUUCUGCCUCCAAGCCUGAUGCUCCACCGUGGUGCUGAGUGUGUGUGUGUAUGGAGACAAUGGAUUGGAGGGGUUUCUGGUGGGGUUUUGACCAGCUGGACUGUUGACCGGGACCUGCUUUUGUAUUGGGUGCAAAUGGGGAGUGUGUAAAGCUACCCAUGGAGGGCUCCUCGCACUGUACAGUCCUCUUUUUAUAUCCAGAAUGUACAGAUCCUUUGUCAGAUGCUUUUGUUACUUUAAUAAAUACGUAGCAGCAUAAAUGA